AGAGGCGUUUACUUCCGGGUUGCGGGUGUGAACAUUGUUGCAUAUUGGUUCGUCAGUCUCAGUCAUUGUUUGCUGAAAUUGGAUCAAAUAACACACCUGUUGUCUUUAUAUGUGCGACAGGCGCUAUAAUUCGCAUUUUGGUUAAGCAGGGGCUAUAAUUCGCAUUCUGGUUGAGCAGGAUGAAAGCAGUUGAGAAACUUAUGAAGGUCUUCGUGACGACUAAACUGCCAUCCGAGGGGAUGAAGAUCUUGUCAACGUCUGGCGUGUGUGAAGUGUCUCUUUGGGAAUCCGACGAGGCUCUCCCACGAGAAGAGCUUCUCAAAGGUGUGCAGGGAGCCCACGGUCUCCUGUGUCUGCUGUCAGAUAAAAUCGAUGCUGAGGUUUUAGAUGCUGCAGUGCAUACAGGCCUGGGGGUGGAGUGCAUUCAUUACUGUUUUUCCUUUGACAACAGUACCUGCUUACUCCAGAAGUCCUUGUUAUUGAAUGCCUCAACUAUCAAUCUCGCCGCAGGACCCAACUUGAAAGUAAUCAGCACCUUUUCUGUGGGAUACGACCAUUUAGCCCUUGAUGAAAUCAAGAAACGUGGUAUACGGAUUGGCUACACUCCUGAUGUCCUGAACGACGCCACCGCUGAACUGACUGUUGCUCUUCUGCUGGCCACAGCUCGCAGACUACCUGAGGCAGUGGAGGAAGUGAAAACUGGUGGCUGGUGUUCCUGGAAACCACUCUGGAUGUGUGGAUAUGGUCUUUCAGCCAGCACCGUUGGAGUCAUUGGACUGGGGCGUAUUGGGAUGGCCAUUGCUCGGCGCCUCAUGCCAUUUGGAGUGAAACGGUUGCUCUACUCUGGAAGAACAGUCAAAGCUGAUGCUGCUGAGCUCAACGGAGAGUUUGUUCCACUGGACACACUUCUGACCGAGAGUGACUUCAUUGUUGUUUCGUGCUCGCUGACGCCAGAGACCCAGGGCCUCUGCAAUAAGGCCUUCUUCAGCAAGAUGAAGAACACUGCCGUCUUCAUCAACUCAAGCAGGGGGGCUGUAGUGAAUCAGGAGGAUCUGUACGAGGCUCUGACCAAUGGACGAAUUGCCGCAGCUGGCCUCGAUGUGACAACCCCUGAGCCACUUCCGACAAACCACCCGCUUCUCAUGCUCAAAAACUGUGUGGUUUUGCCGCACAUCGGCAGCGCCACCUCCUCCACACGAGGCGUCAUGGCUGCCUUGGCAGCCCGAAACCUGCUGGGGGGUUUACAGGGCACAGAAAUGCCCAGUGAACUCACCUUCUAGAAACCGCUUCCCUGGUACCAGGAUAAUAAUAUGACAUAUGAUAUGAAUGUGAAACCAGAGUCAAGAGAACCUGAAUUGCGCUCUUUCAGAAAUUAAAUUUCUUUGAGAAUGUUUAAAAACGCAUGAACAGCACUUGAGCAUCAACUUUUAACAAACUGUUGUUUUCAGACAUACCCUACUAAGAAUCAGCAAUUGGCUAUUUGUCUUUUUUAAAUGAAAGGCUUCCAUUUACAGUAUGCAGACUGGUCUACGUUGAAUUCAGUUCAAUUUGAAAUUGUAAAACAGUUCAAAAAUAAAAGGUACAUUAUGUUUACA